AAUAAUUGCAAUCACACAAGAUGGCUAAGGCUAUGGAGAAAAGGGAAGCAUAUUAUGCUAGAAACUUCAGACAGGCCCAGGCAACUGCUCAAGGAUUUCCGAGAUGUAAACGACCCUACUGGGGUUGUUGUAUUGCUCGGUAACCAAACAAAGACACUUGCUAACUUCAAGCCACGAAACAGCCAUAUUGGUCGACAAAAAGCUAAUGGAGAAUACCAUUUAUAUACUUCAUAUCUGCGAAAUAAAAAACCAAUCAUCAUUAGCGAUGGCAACAUUUUAUCCCAUAACAGGUUACCCAGGUCAUGUAAGCUGCAGUCUUGUCAUGAGGUAGUAGAUAGGGUUUUCAUGGAAGAAGAAUCCUCAAUGAGGACUGCUGAAGCAUCAGACAGUGUAUACCAUAGAUUAAUAUCUCCCUUUGCGGACGUGGUCUGCAUCUUUGUGGAAGAUGUCGGAGGCAUCGACAACACAAUACAGCGGCUUAAGGCGUGGACUAGUAAUGGCCAGCCGUCUACACUUUACACCAAACCGGCACUGAUUCUUGUUGUCCCAAGGGGCCAGAAAAUUCAAAUGGAAAAAGCAUUUAAUGCCACUCGUCUGCUCGAUCACUUCCAACGUAUCCGUGUGGUUACCGUUUGCCUUAGCACUCGCAAACUAAGGUCCAGGAGUGUGAAGACAAAGCCGAAGCAGUGUAUUCCGCUUCUCAGAGAGAUAACCAAGUCAUUGGAUAUCGUCCAACAAAGCCGUUCGAGAGCAGGCACGCUUUUCUCAGCUCGACAUAUUGCCGAGUUUCUCUUCACUGCAUCAAAAAAUGACAUCUGGUCUUCUUGGGAACCAUUCAACUUUAUUAAAACUUCCAGAAUGAAUAAUCCAAUUUGUACAGGGUUUUCGACCCAUCUCACGGAAUUUUUUACUCAUUUUGACGACGAGGCCUUGAAGCACUUUGCACUUCCUUACGCUGCCUCUAGCAUGAUAUUAGAUCAGUAUCCACCGGGGAUGCAUUCUUUCAAUUCCCUUGAUAUUUUUGAUAGUUUAUAUCACGAUGCAUGUGCCCAAGCAUCCAAGGGCCUAGUAGCAUACCGACUAGCAGCAAAUCUCACAGUCCCGGAUUUAGACAUUUACAAUGAAUUGGGAUCUUCAAAGCAAUUGCAAAUGAAUUACCUGGCUCGGUUCUAUGGGAAUCCAGUCUUUCCCCUUUCAGGAGAGACGUGCUUCAGUUGUCUACGGCGCAGACCCAUGUACAAGCUACCAUGCGGGCAUUGGACAUGCCAGAUAUGCGUUAAGAUCUUUCAUACUACCUGCCAUGAAGACCCCUGGCUGUUUUGUGUUGAUAGAUGUGUACUCUGUGGAAUUGAAACUGCUAAGCUUCGUAUUCGAAUUAAACCAGACACAGCAACACCCCGCGUGCUAAGUAUAGAUGGUGGGGGAACCAGAGGUCGUAUUCCUCUAGAGUUCCUCCGAAUAUUGCAAGAUUAUGUUGGAUUACCCAUGCCAAUACAGCGAAAUUUUGACGUUGUAUACGGCACAAGCUCUGGUGCGUUAAUUGCCUGUGCGCUAAUUAUCAACGGUUGGCCUAUUGAACGGUGUAUUGAAUAUUUCGAGGAAUCAUCAAUAAAAGCGUUUGAGAAGCGGCCGUUAUUUCAACUCUUUUACUACCUUUUUGGUUACAUCCCUAUCCUAUCUCCAGCUUUUCGUUUUAUAAUGUCCCUAUUAGUCGGUAGCAAGUAUUCAGCUAGAGAGCUAGAAAUGAUACAGCAAGAGGUGUACGGCCUGUAUCAAAGCAUCAUGGAUUCUAAGGAGGCUAGUGAAAUGGGAACGUGUAUGGGAGUAACACUUACUAGCACAGACGAUACAAGCACCUUUAUAGCAACGAACUAUGGUGACGCUGGUAACGACUGUGAAAGAAAUGGCAACUAUUUCACGCCACAUCACAUAGAUGGCAUUGGUACUUUCCAAGACGGCGGUCUUACUUUUAAUAACCCGGCCCCGAUUGCUCUAAAAGAAGCAGCAGCCUUAUUUCCAGCUACACCUGAGCCCAGCAUAGUUGCAUCCUUUGGGACGGGUACGACUCGAACCAACCACCGCGGCCCACUGGCUUGGUGGAAAGAAUUAUAUCCAGCUCGGCUAGCCCGCGCUGUUCGUAAGCACUGGGACUCUGAUAAUGCCUGGAAGCAGCUUAUGAGUCAUCAAAAAGCCGGUGGUCGUGGCGAAUUUUUCCGAUUUGACGUCGAGUUUAAAUCUCAGCUGCCUGCUUUAGAUAAUGUUAGUAGUAUAAACGAAGUAGCUGGGAUCGCUCGCGAAGCUGCCCUUGGUUCAGCCGCCAUGAAGCAACUUGGAAGUUGCCACCGAGCGGAGUUAUUCUUUUUCGAGCUGGACGUAACCCGCCCACCCUGCUUUGUAAAUGGUGUGUAUGAGUGCGUAGGGCAUAUUCAAUGUCGACUACGAGCUGGAACUGUCGAAUUUGAUACUUUCAUGGAUCAGUUACGUCAUGGCUCUGCUUCAUUUAAAUGUCAAGGGCGAACACAAUCUGGAUCUUUUCAAAGGGCAGGGAGGAUAGGAACUUACGGCAACUUUCGCCAAGAGAUAGCUUUUUUUAUAUCGAGUCAGCAGCAGCGGCUUGAAAUCUCUCUUGUGGAAGGGAACCCACCAUCCAUCUGCCACAUUAGUGGCUCUCCUUUCACGCUAAAUUCACUAAUUAAGCAACAAAAUAUCGAUGCUUGUUUCGGUACCAUGGAUCAUCAGGAGAGAGUAGCUGGGGGCAAUUCUACAUAUCCGUAA